UUCUGGCCUGUUUAUUCCAGAAGCUAGCAAGAUGAUCUUGAAGGUUUUUCUAUAUUCAAGCUUCCCCUGGGAGUGGUGUCUUAAAUCAUCAGUGGUCAGCUGGACAAGGCCCAGCCCCAGGAAAUGCAGUCUGUAAGCAGCCAGGAGAGCAUUGCCAAGUCCAUGCUGCAUGCAGAGCCACAAUGGGCCUGGCUCUAGAUCAGCUCCGUGCCACACCUGGCCUGAACACCUGCCUGUGAAUAAACACAGCACCAAACACCUGAGACGAGGUCAGUUUGCUGAACAAACUCACCCUGCACUAGCCGAGCUGCUCCCAAGUGGAAAGCAGGCCCUGCAGGAAAAACUGGGUUACUUUGUUAGCCUAAGAUCUCUUCCCCACUCUGCAUGGCCACCACGGUGAAACAACUGGAAUUGUCUGCUCCAAUUUUGUAGAAAUUUAAAAUUUGUUUUCUUUAGAGCAUAAAGAAUUUCCCUUAGUUAGGGCCACAUUCUGCCAUUUUUGUACCCUCAGUUCUCUUAACAUGAGCAUAUUCAGGGCAUUCAUCAUUCCUGUUCUCCAAAAUGUCCACAGUACCAUGUAAAAGAGUUGAGUUCAAUGGGGCAACAGUUUCACACCGUGAUUCUGGUGGCCUUAGGCUAAGGAGUGUAGUGUGUGCCUGGUCAGGCUGAUGGCAGAGCAAUGUCUGUGCAGAUGCCAUGGCCGUGAGAAGACGUGAUUCUGCCUGAAUGUAGUUUUGACCCUUGGACUUACCUGUUAAAAUAUUCAUGUAAUGCAGCUUCUGAAUAAAGCAUGUGGUCAGUCUGUCUCAGAAACUGCUCUUGUCAGGGGCUGUGGGCUCACUUGGCAGCCUGAAGAGCAGCUCCUCAGAGGAAUGUCUAUCCCAGUCUGUUGGCCUCCCUGUGAAUCCAACUAGCUUUUUUUGAUGUAGACAGUGAAAUGCCAAGAGUUAUAUUUCACCCCUAUACCGAUCAUGAGAGGGUGCAAAUGUCUGAAACAUCUUUCUCUGGAAAGAUGGAUGGACUGGAAGACCAAGUCUACCAGCAGAUCUUUCACUAAUAAGUAGUAGAUUUGUGUCCCUGCUCCAAGGGAAACCUGAGGGUCAGCACCCAGAAAGUGCUAGGUGUCACCACUCUGCCAAGUUUUCCUGAUGAGAUGGGAAACCAAAGGUCCCAGUGCUCAGGGAGUAUGGCACAAACCAGUAACAUCACCUUCCAGCCUGAAGUGCAUUUUGAGUUAUUAUGCCACUGAGACUUUGUAACAUUUCUGUUGGGCUGAGCCUGCGGGCCCAGAAUCACAGUUACCAGUCCGGGCAGCAUCUCUCCCAGCAAACAAGUUCUUGUGGGCAGCAUCAGCUCCCGUUUCUUGGAAGGCUUGCUCAGUGAAGCCUCAGUUUCCGCUGGCAUGCAGCAGGCUUGCAGGAAGGCCUCAUGUGGGAGGUGUCCCUGGGAUGAGCCUGCCCUUAUCUUGCCAGCCAGCUGCAAGGGGUGAUCCGGGAACGCAGCUAUGCACACACUCCUGCACUGCCUGGACUGCCUCGAGACCUUUCUCUUGUGUUGUAAAGGCAGCGAGAAAACAAGGAUUGAGCUACUCUGGUAAGUCAACAAUGCUACCUUCUACUCUUUUUUUAUUUUUAACUGAUUGACAAUUACAGUUUGUCAAGCACAGAAAAAUGCUGCCCUGUUGCAGGUAUGUGUUGUUCUCCUGCAGAAGUUACAGCAGCUCCUGUCCAGCAGUGGCAUGAGACUGUAAUAUGAAAAACCUCAUUGACCAUGUCUCCCAGCACAGGUGAUUAUUCACCUGCUGGAGCAGUGUCUAACAUGAAAAACUCCACUGGCCUCCAUCCUCAGUGGUCUGCACUCUCUCUGCAGCCAAAGACUGUUAAUCACUCCUUUUCAAGGCUGGAAAGGCUAUUUUUUACUUGUGGUAACAGUAAAUUUAUUUCUGAAUCUUCUCCUGCAGUUUGCAUGAACGAAGCUUUGCUUACAGAUGUAAUCUAGAGCUAUGAUAAGGCAUGAGAAAUUUCAUAUUCUAGUUUUUGAUUCCUUGGCAGAAACUUUCUUGGCUACCCUAAUAAUGCACCUCCAGUAAUGCUGAAAACACAAGCAGCUCUUGUACACUUCUGAGGACUAGUGAAAAUGUAUUUGAUGGCUGCAGCUAAGCCUUCCAGUAGCCAUGUAUUCCUAUCCCUCCUCAAAUCCAGGGUUGGAAGACCAUUAAAAUUCCUUCUCCUAUAGCGAGAGAUCAAGAAUUUGCUCUCUUUUAAUUCUGUUCUUUUCAGAACUCCAGUGGAGGACACCAAAUUCACUCAACUUUAGAAACUCAUCCUCAGAACAAAACAACAAAAGUCCUUGGCUGUGGUGUCAGUCCUAGAGUGCGUGGUGUCUGGUGUCCACCUCACCCAGUCUCACCAGGGAAGUGUUUGCAGGUGAAAAUGAACAGUGGAAUUCUUUUGUCCCUCCUUGGCUUCCUCCCACUCGUGACACCCAUAUGCCCUGUGCCCUGCAAGUGCACCACCAACAUUACUGACUGCUCCUCAAAAAACCUGACUGUAGAAAACCUGCCCACUGCUUUCCGUCCUUCGGCUGAAAUCAUCCACCUCGGUUCCAACAGGCUCACCUCUAUCCCCAGCGGGCUCUUUGACAACCUGAGGAGCCUCCAGGUGGUCUACCUGCAGGGCAACCCUUGGGACUGCAGCUGUGACAUCCUUUACCUGCGCUCCUGGCUGCAGUGGCAGCAGAACCGCAGCCUGUACAGGGAUGUGAGAUGCAGCUCCCCCAAGCACCUGCAGGGCCGGAUCAUUGCCUACCUGACAGAAGAUGAGAUCGUCUCCACGUGCCAGCACUGGUACUGCAGCCUGGCUCUCCUCUCUCAGCUCUCUCUCUUCAUCCUCCUUUUCCUUCAGGGUAUCUUGGUUAUCUUCAUCAUUGUCUACCUGCAGAAAUUUCGGAGAAUGACAGCUGAAGUCCGGAGCACCACCCGAGAACUAAACCAGCAGGUAGACCCUUGGGUAUCUUCUUCAAUAAAUAAUUAACAUCACAAGACAGAAGACCCUCCUCCCUUUGGGGGAUGCUGUGCCAAAGUUCUGUAGUUUGUGAUACCCAGAGGGGACAAUUCAGUAUAGCAUCUAAUCCUGACUGUAGUCUGAAGCAGAACUUGAACCGAUCAGACACUUGCUGCAUUCAUAAAGAAUCAAUCUUGUAUUUUUUCAAUGCUUUAAAUUCUUUAGUCAAUGAACUUGACUACUUGUCUGGGCUGGAAGUGGUUCAGUGGACUAAGGAAGUCAUAAACUGCAGUGACCAGGACUGACUCAAACAGUUCAUAAGCUCCCAGGGGCUCCAGUGCUCGAUCCCUCCCCUCCUACAGUAUUCCAGCCAUAUUUCCCAGGAUCUUUCUGCUGUGCUGGGGCAGGUGAGGACAGAGGUGGACAGCAAACUGUUUGAGUACUGAGCUAGGACAAUGGAGAAAUAGUUUCCUUCUGCCACCACAGACAACAUUAAGAGCUUUGGACUAUGGGUUUAAUCUUCUCCUGCCUUGGUUUCCCAAGUAAAAGGAAAAGGAAAUCUCUUCUUGCUUGAUGCAUCUUUUCCAAUGUUCUUCUGGGGGAGGGAGGACAUGUCUAGAAGCCCACUCAUUUUACCUUAUCUGCAUUCCUUUUAAUCUACUUUAGUUUUAAUACUGACUUAAAUGAGUGAGACUGGGGCCCUGAAUCUUUAUGAGAAGUUCAUCCUGAAGACAAGAAUUGACUGUGCCUGUGUGGCACCUGGCACCUGGUACAAGAGAUCUGGUCUUGAGAGACUCAUCCUGCAACCCCCACUGAUGUGCUACUGCUGUUUAUGGUGUCCUUUAAUUAUUUUUAACUAAAACAAAAUUGAAAUAAAAUGAUGCAUGAUGAUGCAAA